AGCAAAUUGCCAAUUUGUACCUGGUCAGUUUGGUUCGCCAGUAUGAACAAUGUCUCGUUGGGAGGACUUGACAAGGUCCGCUUGUGUCAUGCCGCUUGUUGCCCUCCGCCACGUACCCUCCUUCAUCCGCUCCCUUACACUCGGCCGAGGCCGCAAACGUUCGCCGUAUAGCAUAAUACGACUAGCUGUCUCUAGCGUAGUAGUCAUAUUUUUUGUCUAUUAUCUUUUCGUACACCUGCCCCAGCCAGUGCACUACUCAAGUCCUCUUCGAGCGCCGUCAUUAUUGGCGGAUCCCAUAUGCCUCAUAAGGCAAACGGGGUGGUCGCUCGGGUAUAUGAUCAAGAGAGAUAAGUCGCCUUGUUCGGAGGUUUUUAUGCGGCAUGUUGUCACCAAGGACUUGGUUGAGAGGGGAUGGGAGAAACGGACGCUUGGUGCAUAUCGGGCUGAGGAAGCAAAGGAGGGUGAAGGAAGACAUCCCAUUUUGACUGGGGAAUGUUUCGAAAAAGAGGACUGCCCAGUCGUAUGGGUGUCCAUGGGAAGUCGCUGCUCAAAAGGCUUCAACCGAUUAGCUGCAAACCUGCAAAGCGCUGGAAUCCCACUGGCCAUUAUCGGGUACCCAGACCGAUGGAAAGGAUUCGGUCACCGAAUACGCCUGUAUCAUGAUUACCUCCUAACACUACCAGAUGACUCUUUGGUUAUCCUGUCGGACGGCGAUGACGUGAUUUUCGCGCGAUGCGACAUCAAGGAAGUAGAGGAAGCGUACAAACGCCUAAAUACAUCCGUGGUUUUCACUGCGGAGCCAUAUUGCUGGCCAUAUACGAGUAUUUGGUCCCAAUAUCCGGAAGUACCGCCUCCACCACCAACCAGUGCGGGCCAUCGGUCCGGGAGUCGGUACCUGAAUGCGGGAACAGUGAUAGGCACUGCAGCCGCAUUACGAGAGUUUCUUGCCCAUUCUUAUAAUAAGGGCGGAAGCGAAUGUGCCGAUGACCAAGGCGCAUUUACAUACACCUUCUUAGAGCGCCUGGAAUUGCUCGGCGGUGACAAGAAUAAUCCAAAUUGGCAGAAAAUGGGGGUGACAUUGGAUUACUACCAAGAUAUUUUUAUGAGCUUGCAAGCAACCGUCAUGGCGGAUUUAAAAGUAGACGUUAGAGCUGGACGUGUACGCAACCGACUAACGGGUGGAAAUGCAUGUAUAUUGCAUCAGAACGGUAACAAGGAUGAAAGUCAGAUACUUGAAGCGUUGGUGGAGAGGUUGGGUGUAAAUAACUGGUAGUCUAAAAACGUUAGAGACAAUCCCCAGUUUCAUAUCUAGCGAUAUUAACACAGUAACAUAGAGUCCUUUCGCCAGAUGCUACGUAGGGGGUAUCUCUAAAUAUACUAUUUCUACUAAUUAUAAAAGUAUUUUAUACAGAUCGUAUCAUUAAACUUUUG